GAGGCUUGCGAGAGGAUGCGUCUGAGCUUUAGAGCUGCAUGUGGAUGUGGGGGUGGUAGUGGAGGCAGGGCCUCGAAUGAAUGGGCGUCGCUGCCAGGAGGUGGGGGUGGCUCCGCUCUCUUCCGGAGCGCGUGGCUCGACAGCUUCAACAGCAGAGGCACCGCUGUUGUUGCGUCUGCCGCUGCUGCCGCCGCUGCUGCUGUUGUUGUUGUUGGGAGGCCGUCGGUUCGAGUACUCGGACCCCCCCCCCCAACCACCACCACCCCGGACCCUUAAACCCCUGACCAGGACUCCAACCUGGACGGUGACCUUUCGCGCGGUUUGGAGGUUUGACCCGUCCCGGUGUCGCUCCGCACCGCGGGCCUCGUGGUAACCCGCACGAGUGAAGAAGGGGUUGGAACCUGUAUUUUUCUGGAGCGUCUUCACCCUGUCACAUAAUAGACGGACUCGUUGUCAUCGCGAUCAUGACAUUGAUCGCCUUGAUUGAUUAAUUCGAUCUCGUUGGGUCAAUUGCCACCGCUCGGCAGCGCGCUCAGACUUCGGUAGGCAUCAUACAGUACAUACGAAGUAUAUACUGUAGUGAGUACAGUACUGCGCGCGUGUGAGCAUAGGGGUUAACGUUGAUUACGUACAGCGCAAGCCAAGCGCCAUUCAUUUACGGCGGUCGCCGUCAACACACGAGGAAGGGACGGGCAAUUAACAAUGGCUAUAAUGAAGACAACUGCGUGCGGAUGGAGGAGAUUGUCGUGAAGGCCCCGGCAGUGCUGAAGGGACGUGCCUGGAGCCCCUUCAUUCGAGACCCUGGGAGCCCCCACCAGGGGUCAAUUAAUUGACACCUGAGGAGAGGGGACAGGGGGGCUGGCAGGGGUGCCCUGGCCUUCGAUUAAUUAGGAGCAAUAGUUUGGUCGCGCAUGUCUGCAUGGCUGAGAGCGGAGGAGGAGGUGGUGGUGGUGGUGGAGGUGACGGCGACAUUGGCAGUCCCAGCACUGACAGGCGACACAGGCCCAGGGCUUCGUCCGCGGCUGCAGUAGCAGCAGGAGGAGGAGGAGCAGCAGCAGCGGCAGCAGGAGGAGCAGCUGCUGGAGGUGACAUGAGCCCCAGGAGUCGCCACAGGCUGCUGAGGGGGGGCUCCCAUGGACACUGUUUCCGCAAGGUGACGCUCACCAAGCCCACGUUCUGCCAGCACUGCACCGACUUCGUGUGGGGCAUCGUGGGCUACCAGUGCGAAGUCUGCAAGUUCAUGUCGCACGAGAAAUGCCUCAAGAGUGUGGUCAUCAUGUGUUCCACUCACCUGGCCACCUGUGUCAAGGUCCCCGUGGCACACUGCUUCACCUCCCCGGGGCAGUACAAGAAGAAGUUCUGCAACGUGUGCAGGCGGCACCUGGAGGACAGCCUUGCCUACCGAUGCGAAGUGUGUGACCUCCACCUGCACGCCGACUGCAUGCAGUUCGCCUGCAGCGACUGCCGGCAGUGCAACCAGGAGCGGCCGGGGGAGCUGGUCCUCUCCAUCCACCACUGGCGAGAGGGAAACAUGCCGUCGGGCUCGCGCUGCGAGGUGUGCCGCAAGGCGUGCAGCUCCUCCGAGGCGCUGUGCAGCAUGCGCUGUGGUUGGUGUGGCCUCACCGUUCACUCCGGCUGCUGCUCCUCCAUCCCCCCCGAGUGCUCCUUCGGGCGCCUCCAUAGCCUGGUCCUUCCGCCGAACUGUGUGCGUCUCUACGGCAACCUGCAUCUUCAGGAAACCAUCGCUGCGGAGGCUGAUGGCGGGGGCAGUCAACCGGGUCUUCUGAAUAAAGACUCUCCUGUUAACACACCUGAAACAGGCAAGCAGAAGAUGAAGGUGUUUGACGGCGACGAGGCGGCGCGUGCUGGGCGCUACCACACUGUUUCCGUGCCACGCAUCAGCCGAACGGACGACGUCGUGGAGGCAGCCCUGCGAGAGUACUUCCUCCCGGGAAACCCCACGGACUACGAGCUGCGGAGUCUUAGCCUUGGGAUGCUUUUCAGCCCCGAAGAGAGCGGUCUCCAUGGCAACGGUCACCUGGGCGACGACCCGAGCACAGAGGGCGACCCCGGAAACCAGCAGUUUGUCCAGGUGUUCCGGGACACCCUCCCGGAGGCGUACGUGAUCCGGGCCAAGCGCUCCUCCUCCGAGGUUGUGAAGAUCUACGCUGACUGGCUAUGCAAAGGUGUGGCGUAUGUGUCGUUCCGCAUCGACGAGAGCCACACGGUGCGAUCCGUCAUCACGGAGGUCCUGCUGCUGCUCGGACGCAAGAACGAAAGCCCGGAUGACUACAGGCUGACGGAGGUGAUGAUGCACUGCAGGGAAGUGCAGAGGAGAGUGCUGGUCAUGGAGCAGAGCAUGCUGGAUCACCUGCACGAGAUCCGAAAGCUUUCAGUGCAGCGGAUAAACCUGACGCGCUUCUACAUCACGGCAAAACUCGAUGGGGAUGGCAACACCCAGCUGCUGGUGGGGGGGCUUCCCCCCGGCCUCGCUGCCCCCGACUACCUCUCCCUGCUGCGCACGCACGUAAAACUCAAUGAAAACACGGCAACUAUAACGCAAAUCUACUCCAAACAAGGCGCGGUGGCCCUUGAGGUGUCGUCGUGCGCGGAGGCGGAGCGCCUGUUCCGUCUGGCCAACGACAGCAAGAUCACGGUGGACGACAAGAUCAUUAGCAUCAACCUGCUCCCAACGCUGAUCCCGGAGCAGAUGCCACGCAGCUGCCACCCCCUGCUGGUGCUGAUCAACCCACGGAGCGGGGGCAUGCAGGGUCGCGAGCUGCUUCACAGCUUCCGCAAGGCGGUCAACCCCCACCAGGUGUUCGACCUGGCCUGCGGAGGUCCCUUGCCGGGGCUCCACGUAUUCCGGGAGGUGCCGCGUUUUCGGCUGCUGGUGUGCGGCGGGGACGGCACAGUGGGCUGGGUGCUGUCACUGCUCGAGGACAUCAAGCUGAAGCUCGCCUGCACACAGCCGCCCGUCGCCAUCCUGCCGCUCGGCACGGGUAAUGACCUGGCACGGGUGCUGCGCUGGGGCCCGGGCUACUCCGGGGAGGACCCGCUUUCCGUGCUCAUCAACGUUGACGAGGCCCAGGAGGUGAAGAUGGACCGCUGGACCAUUCUGCUGGACGCCAACGAGCCUGAGUGUGCACAAGAACGGACCAGCAUGCCCAGGGUGGGCGUGCGUGCAUGUUUGUGCUUGUUGUGGGAGGGGGAGCGGUGGCAUAGUAGUUAAUGAACUGCGCUACGA